CUCAAGGACUUCUGUAACAUAUCAUUGCUCAAAUACAAUGACUGAAACAACUGAGAUCCUUUGCAUCUUCAUUCUCUUGCUUCUUCUUCUUCUUCUUCACCAUUCAUCGUCAUCAUCUCGUCCUAGUAAUGUAACCAUUAACUCGAACGCCCCUCAACCGCCAAAGGGUCUAUGUCUAGAAAAACUUGGAAACAGUUCCUACCUCUACAUGGUUCCACACCCAGACGGGUCAAACCGAGUUUUUGUAUGUAACCAACAAGGUAAAAUAUGGUUAGCCAUGGUUCCUGAGGUGGGUUCAUCACAAGGUUUGAUGAUAGAUGAAUCAUACCCGUUUCUUGACUUGAGGGAUCAAGUUAUAUUUGCAACCGGAAUGGGACUUACUAGCAUGGCUCUUCAUCCAAACUUCAAUGAAAAUGGGAGACUCUUUGUUGCUUUCAAUUGUGAUAAGUUUCAGCAGCCUGGAUGUGAAGGCAGAUGUUCUUGUAAUACGGAUGUCGGUUGUGAUCCUUCCAAGGUUGAGUCUCUUCAAGAAUCUUAUCCUUGCCAGUUUCAUCUUGUGAUCGCGGAGUUUAGCGCCAAUGGCACCACCUUCUCUUCAAAACUUUCAUGGAGGGGGCAUGCGAAUUCGGUUGAGGUGAGGAGGAUAUUUACAAUGGGACUCCCAUUUGAAGCAUAUCAUGCAGGCCAGAUUCUUUUUGGCCCUGAUGAUGGCUACUUGUAUUUCAUGAUUGGAGAUGCUUCACACGUUGCUGACCCGUAUAAUUUCGCACAAAACAAGAAAUCUUUGCUUGGAAAGAUAUUGAGGCUUGAUCUAGACAACAUACCGAAUGCGGAGGAAAUAAGUAGACUUGGCUUAUGGGGAAACUAUUCAAUACCAAAAGACAAUCCAUACACUACUGAUAAAGAACUUGAACCCGAGAUUUGGGCCUUGGGUCUUAGUAAUCCUUGGCGUUGCAGUUUCGACUCAGAAAAUCAUUCUCGCUUCAUAUGUGGAGAUGUUGGGAAGGAUCAAUAUGAAGAGAUUAACAUUAUCAAGAAAGGCGGAAACUACGGAUGGCGUGUAUAUGAGGGGCCCUAUGCCACUCAUCCAUCAUAUGCUCCUGGGGGGUACACUAAACCAACCUCCAUAACUACCAUAUUUCCUGUGACAGGAUACACACAUGAUAGUGUUGAUGCGAGCAAAGGCCCCGCCUCUGUCGUGGGUGGUUAUUUCUACCGUGGCGCUGCGGAUCCAUGCUUGAAUGGCUGGUACAUAUACACAGACUUGUACAGUUAUGACAUAUGGGCAGCUAUUGAGACCACUGAAAACAGUGAAAACUUCACCAGUUUCAGUGUCCCUUUUGGGUGUGCCCACGACUCACCAAUGGAAUGUGGGUUCAAACCGGGGGCUCACAACGUUCCUGACCUGGGUUACGUGCUAUCAUUAAGCGAAGAUAACAACAAAGACGUGUACUUGUUGACAAGCAAUGGUGUGUAUAGAGUUGCAGCCCCAAGUCGGUGCAGGUACCAUUGCUCCAAAGAAAGGUAUUCAAAUGUGACCAGAGUUGCAUCAUCUGGAAACUUAUUGCAGGCUGCAUCUUUAGUAGCAUGUUUCAUAUCUUUUAUGGUGGUUAUUUAAUAUAUAUAUAUUUUUAAAUUCUUGAUGUUAUUAUGAUGAUUCUGUUUAGUUUCUUUA